UUGAAAGAUCUGUCAUCAACCGUGACAUUCAACACCAUGCAAUGCAUCAAUUCAUAUUUCUUCUUCUCACCUUCUCCCACGUAACAUUUAACCUGAAAUCAACCGAACCCAAACUUAUGAAGCCAGACUUUGCACCCUACUGUGUCACCAGAGACAUCUGUUGGCCUGAUUGCGAAUGUACAAUAUCCACAAGUUGCGAAAUAAUUCCGAUGUCCAAACGUACGAAAGAGAAAGUACUGAAAUUUAUGAACCAAAAGAGAGAAAUGCAGGCCAGUGGUGAACCAGCACCUGCAGGUAUGCCCAUGCUCACCUACAAUCACCAACUGGAGGAAGUGUCAAAAUGUUGGGCAGCCAAGUGUGAGAAUCUAUACUCUGAAUGUUUCCAAACUGAAAGGUUCGCUGAGACUUCCCAGAGUGUCGGUCAGAUUACUUUAGAUGAAAACGUCGAUCCUGGACCUAAUCUUUGGCUAAAGAUGAUUGAUAUUUGGUUUAGCGAAUCCAUUUCUUUGAGUCAUGAAACACUUACUAAUUUUCCUGCUGGAAGACUUGGUGAAAGAAUUCAUAAUUUUGCCCAGAUGGUUAGCGAUAGGGUUCUUUAUGUAGGCUGCAGUUGGAGUGUUAAAGGCAGCACUGUUACCUUCGUUUGUACCUUUGGACCUAGAGGACCAACUCAAGGCGAAGCCAUAUACAGGGCCGGUGAAAUAUGUACAGGAUGUUUGAAAGGUUACAUCUGUAACUUCCAGAAACCAUUUCGGGGUCUAUGUAAAAGAGUUCAACCAGAAACAGAGAUAAUAGUUACUACCUUAGAAAUAACAACGGAAACAGCGAUAGCAAAAAAAGUACCACUUGAAGACCAUACAAAAUCAUCCUCUAAAUUGUUUAAAGCUACUGUACAUGACCCAGACACAGACAAAGAGGUUGAUUUUACCAUUCUGUGGCUAUUUGCUCUAGGGUUGAUUCUUCUGGUUCUGAUAUGCGUUAUUGUUUUUGUUUUGUAUUAUGUACUUAGAUUGAGUACAAUUACGUCCUGCUGAUUGUUUUAAAAACUA